AGGUCUCCUGUUUCCUCUGUUUACUUUUUAUUCAAAAUGCACUGAUUCUGUGAAUGUACCUUUGUAUAUUAACAAGGAAAGAAAGUAUGUGAAUUGACAUUAACUAGUAACUUUGAUUGUGUUAAAGGGAUUAUCUAUGGGCUUAAGGGAAAGAAUUGAUAUGCUUAAAGAUAAUAAAAGUGACUCAAUAUUUGUAGAACAGUUACUAUGAAAUCAGUUUUAAAAAGAUAUGCUUGAUCUUUGUCCUGAGAUUUCUGUUUUUGUUCAAAGGCAAAUUUCCUGCCUAUUAUGCAAAAACUGUAACAUUUCCUGGCCCUCAGUUCUUUUAAAAAAUAUGUGUGGAAGGUAGAAGAAUAGCAUUACUUAAGAUUUCCAUUUGUGCUAUGUAUUUUCAAUUAUCAUCUGGACUUAUAAGCAAUGCUUGAUAUAACAUUCAUUUCCCAUAAGCUCUGUUUCAAUUCUGCCAUCUUUAAAAAAACAACAACACAUAUUUCUAGUAGAUAUAUCCAUUCCUAGAGCAGGCGAUUUCACAGGAAUGCUUAGUGAAGGGAUUCCUCCGACUUCAUGUAAAAUCCAUGCUGUUGUUUGAAGUGAAAGAGAGUCUCUAUUAUGCAACUAUCAAACCUCCUGAUCCAUUUCUGUGGUGUAACAGCCAUAUUUACCUGUUUUAAACAGAAGAAAUGGCUUUAGCUAUUUAGCUGUACAAACAUAUUUAUUGAAUGCCUUUUCUGAACCGAUCCUGUGAUAAUGUGCUAGAGAUUUCACCGUGAUCAAGAUAAACACAGUCUUUGCCCAUAUCCAACUUAUAUUUUAGAGGAAGAUAAUAGAUAAAUACCAGAAUCUCUAUUUUACAGAGAGGCUAGGAAGGAAAACAUGGUGAUGUGAGGGAAUAACUGAUGGUUUGAUUGGGUGUGGGGUCCUAAUUUAGACAAGGCUUCUCUGUGGGGGUGGGGCUUUUGAACUGAGAAUGAGAGGAAAGCAGACGACAGCAUGUGCAAAGGGGCUGGAGGUGGUCAGAGAUAAGACCGUGGCCUGCACGCCUGCAGUCUAGUAAAGAGAGGAGGUUGGAGAAGUGUGGAGGGGCCAGCUGUUAGGUGGGGAAGCUAGAUCCGAUGCAUAUUUCAGGAAGGCUAUUGUCUGGGCAUGUGGAUGUGAGCGGGAUGUGAUUUAGCAGAGUUGGAGGGAGAUCUUCGGAAGCUUUGAGAGAAAUUUUAAUGAUUUGGAUCAGGGAUGUGGUGAUAGAAAGGGAGAGGAAAGGGCGUGUUUGGAAGUGGAACCAACAACACCUGCUGAUGUGGAGGGAAAGGGAAGAGGAAUUUAGGAUGACCCCCAGGUUUUGGCAGGAGGGUGAGGGAAGAAUAGUAGCAAAACAGAUCCUGAAGGGUCAAAUUAAACCAUAAUGUGAUGCCCUUUCACACCACCAAGACGAAAAGAAAAAAAAACAAAACGUAAAGGAUGACAAAACCAAGACUGGGGAUGAUGGAGAGCAACUUGAGGUACGACAGUGUUGGAAUACUUUUUGACAUUAAUUGCCCAAAUCGGAUAUCCACAAACUCCAUGCACUCUUCAUUCUCCCUCUCCCCCAAAUUCCCUUCGCCUUAAGACCACCAGAGGGUGGUCCAGUGCUCGAAGUACAUGGUGGGGGGCGGGGAAGGGGGAUGUCACAGAUUCCCCCGUUUCCCAGAACGACCCCCGGAAGGAGUGUGACCCCGGCCCGCUGCAUUGUAUGGGGUGCAGAGCAGGUGCAGGCCUCGGUCACCCUCGCCCAGCUUCAAUGCUUAAAUCGCCUGGUCCCACUUCAGUGCUUUUCUUGGCAGAGCACAGGCUGGGGCAAGGUCGCCCCUCCUCCUCCCAGUGGCCUAGAAUAUGCGGAGCGCCUGCAGUUUCCGACGCUGCCGCGCGGGGCCGCUAUUGCACCCGGCGAGCAGCCGGCAGCUUCCUGCGGGGCGGCGGCUGGGCUCCCACCUCCACCACCGGGCGUCCGGGCACCCCAGGACCCAGGACCGACCGCCUAGUACCGUUACCAGCGCUUUUGACUGUUGAGAGUUCAAAGUCAACACAAAGAUUCCAAGCUUUCUGAGGCCAGACGAGGACGUCCUUCAGGCUGAGGCAGGGCUCGAAGCGGCUCCGCACUAUCCUGAGUUCCUUGGUGUUUUUGUUGUAUCUCCACCUCGUGGUUGAUGGGCACCUGCCACGUCCUGCUUGGCAAGAUCCAGGAGUUGAUCUCAGAGAACCUUCAUGUAUCUUGGACUCUCAGACUAACCUUGGGAAAGAGAGCGCACAGAAAUCUCUAGACCUUGGCCAUGAUCACUUCCUCCUUUCAAGCCUCUGUGGCAGUUUUUGCCCUGGUUACCCUGCAUGUCAGUGCCCGGGAUACAUUUAUAGCUGCCGUGUAUGAACAUGCUGUCCUAAGGCCAAAGGGCACAGAAACACCUGUUUCUCGGGACGAUGCCUUGCUCCUUAUGAACAAGAAUAUAGAUAUUCUGGAGAAAGCGAUCAAGCAGGCAGCUGAGCAGGGUGCUCAAAUUAUCGUGACUCCAGAAGAUGCACUUUAUGGAUGGAAAUUUACCAGGGAAACCAUUUUCCCUUAUCUGGAGGAUAUCCCAGACCCUCAGGUGGACUGGAUUCCAUGUCGAGACCCCCAAAGAUUUGGUCACACACCCAUACAAACAAGACUCAGCUGCCUGGCCAAGAACAACUCUAUCUAUGUCUUGGCAAAUAUUGGGGACAAAAAGCGAUGUAAUUCUCAGGACUCCACAUGUCCUCCUAAUGGCUAUUAUCAGUACAAUACCAACGUGGUGUAUGAUGCAAAGGGACAGUUGGUGGCACGUUACCACAAGUACCACCUCUACUCUGAGCCUCAGUUUGAUGUCCCUGAAAAGCCAGAGCUGGUGACUUUCGACACCACCUUUGGAAGGUUUGGCAUUUUCACAUGCUUCGAUAUACUCUUCCACGACCCUGCUGUGGCCCUGGUGAAAGACUUCCAUGUGGACACCAUACUGUAUCCCACAGCGUGGAUGAAUGUUUUGCCCCUAUUGACAGCUAUUGAAUUCCACUCAGCUUGGGCUAUGGGCAUGAGAGUUAAUCUUCUUGCGGCAAAUAUACACCAUGUGCAACAAAAUAUGACAGGCAGUGGUAUUUAUGCACCACAUUCGCCCCGAGCAUACCAUUAUGAUAUGGAAACAGACUCGGGAAGGCUCCUUCUUUCAGAAGUGGAUUCGCGUCCCCGAACCUCUCCUGCCUACCCCACAGCCGUGGACUGGAGUGCCUAUGCCACAAACAUCAAACCAUUCCCAGUCCAGAAAAAUACUUUCAGUGGGUUUAUUUCCCGAGAUGCAUUCAACUUCACAGCACUUUUUGAAAGUGCAGGAAAUCUUACAGUCUGUCACAAAGAUCUCUGCUGUCAUUUAAGCUACAGAAUGUUAAGAAAAGAAGAGAAUGAAGUGUAUGUUCUAGGAGCUUUCACAGGACUUCACGGCCGAAGGAGAAGAGAGUACUGGCAGGUAUGCACCAUGCUGAAAUGCAAAACGACUAAUCUGGCAACUUGUGGACAACCGGUAGAAACAGCUUUGACAAGGUUUGACAUAUUCUCCCUAAGUGGUACAUUCAGAACAGAGUAUGUUUUUCCUGAAGUGCUACUUACUAAAGUUCAACUGUCACCUGGAAAAUUUGAGGUACUAAAAGAUGGGCGUUUGGUAAACAAGAAUGGACCCUCUGAACCUAUUCUGACAAUGUCACUCUUUGGGAGAUGGUACACUAAGGACUCACAUUCCAGCUCAGGAGGGAUCAGCAAUUUGGAAACAACUAACUUGCUAAUAGCCACUUUUUUAAUGAUCAUAGCUUUGCAAAUAUUAUGAUGGUAUAGGACAUCACUUUUUCACAUUUAUUUUUGCAGCAUAUAUUUUGCUAAAUGUGUUUAUCAGCUUUUCAAGUUUACUAAGAAACUUUGAAGGGCGAUCUCAAUGGUAUAGACCAGUGAUGGUGAACCUAUGACACGCGUGUCAGAGGUGACACGCGAACUCAUUUUUUUGGUUGAUUUUUCUUUGUUAAAUGGCAUUUAAAUGUAUAAAAUAAGUAUAAAAUAUAAAUCUUUGUUUUACUAUGGUUGCAAAUAUCAAAAAAAUUCUAUAUGUGACACGGCACCAGAGUUAAGUUAGGGUUUUUCAAAAUGCUGACACGCCGAGCUCAAAAGGUUUGCCAUUACUGGUAUAGACCAAUGAUUUCCAAAUAUGUACAUUUCUCAUCUUGAAUUAUUUUUAAGUAUUAUGGUAAUUUUUUCCCCUGGUACUUAGGUCAGAUAAAGGAGGAUCAAAUCUUAGCUCUAACUGUAUUUGCUGUGACCUUGUGUGUGCUGAUGUGCAUGAGGGGCAGAGUGAGAGCUUCAGGGUCAUUGUAAGCAGAGUUUUGGCCUUUGAAGACAGAGAGUCUUAUGACUGAAUCCCAUUUAACAUUAAAGACAAUUUGCAUUCACCUACUUUUCUGUGCUAAUGAUUAGGGGGAAAUUUGCUUCCCAAUCAGAUGGUAAUAUUGAAGUUUAUCUUCACAAUGAAAGUUGUUUUGAGAUGUUCUAGAAGCAAUAAGAGCUAGUCCAGGUUCAUAUCAAAGGAGACCUGACUCAGGGCUUUCAUAGCCUUGAACUAUCUCACCUGAAAGCUGUGGUAUAAUUUAACAGGCUCCAAAUCCCAUAAGAAAAAGGUCAUGACUGUUAAUAGUAACACUGUUUUCAGCAUUGGGUAGUCUGCUUUAAAAAAUUAUAUAUAUAUAUAUAUAUAUAUAUAUAUAUAUAUAUACACAUAUAUAUAUAUUGCUACUCCAAAUACAGUGUAUUUGUUACAGAUCAUUUAAUGCAAAUAUUCUUAAAAUUAAGGAAAUAAACUUUCAGAAAUUUUUAGAUUUCAUAUCUCCAAAAUUAUUUUAAGCCUAAUACUUGCACAUUAAAAUAUCACAAUUGAGGCGUUUUAGCUUUGUUUUUAUAUAUUGUAUAUAUACUCCUUAUAGAUUAAACUUGAAUCUUCUAUUAAAAUGCAGUAGGCAGCCCUAGCCGGCUUGGCUCAGUGGAUAGAGCAUCAGCCUGUGGACUGAAGGGUCCCACGUUCAAUUCCAGCCAAGGACACAUGCCUGGGUUGCGGGCUCGAUCCCCAGUGGGGAGCAUGCAGGAGGCAGCCGAUCAAUGAUUCUCUCUCAUCAUUUCUGUUUCUGUUUCUCUCUCCUUCUCCUUUCCUCUCUGAUAUCAAUAAAGAAAUGUAUUUUUUUAAAAAAUGCAGUAGGCAAUGAACCUAAAAAACAGUGGGUGGCAGUUGCUCCAUAGAAGACAAUGUCAAGUGGAGGAAAAAGAGAGGAGGCAAGCCAUGCUGGGCUCAAAGAGAGAGCCUGCCUGGGGCUUAGAAAUUGCAAAGCCCUAUGGAGUUUCCUUAUGAAACAGAACUUAUUAAAAAAACAAAUGCAUAUUCAAAAUUAUUUUUAAAUUAUUAUGAAAUUGUUCCCCACAUACAGAUAUGUGUAAAGGAUUGCAUAUUAGUCAUCUGUGUACCCACUGCUCAGUUGUACAAUAACAGGUUAUGAAUAGAGUGGCAUCUUUUGUAUCGUCCUCUGAUCACAUUCUCCUCCUUUCCCUGUUUUCUUCCACCAGAGGAAAUCAACAUCCUAAUAUUUUUCUAGAUCACUCCCAGGAUGUCUUGGUAGUUUAUUACAUAUGUACAUAGCCCUACUUAUUACUAUUUUGUUUUUGUGUGUAUAUAUAUGGUAUCAAAUUAUACAUAACAUUCUGCAUAGUUCUUAUUUUUAUAUUGAACAUUGCAAACUUAAUCCAUGUAAAUGAGCAUUGCUCUAUUUCAUGCAUUUUCACUGCUAUAUGAUGUACAAUUAUAUGAAUGUGUCAGUUAUUAAGCUAUUAAGAAGCCAACCCACCCUUCUAUAUUCUUUGUGAUUCUGGGGCUGGGUUUAGGCAAACAUACUUCUUUGCAGAUGACUCCCUGUCAGUUCUCCAAUAGGGGAGUGUUAGAGGAAUAUGGAAGAAUAGAGGAAGAGAGAAAAGGCUUACUCCUUUCUGUUUGCUCACCUAUCAGUGUUGUCUCCUCAACAGUUUUUGUACCUAAUAGCCUAUUUUGUUCCAGUAGCACUUGGUUCUAGUUUUCUGUUUUUCCCAUACUCUCACACCCAAAGUCAUUGUCCUCCUUCAAACAUACCAGCACCAGCACGUGCCUCCUCAAGAGAUUUGAGUCCCAGCUACAUGGGUCCUCUUCUGAGGACUUGGUUCAUCAGCACCAGCUGGAGAGGGCCCUCUCCUCAGGGGGCUGAGCCUUAGCUCCCCAGGGUCCUUCUAACACCCUCCUCUUCCUUUUGUUUACAAAUACCAGAAAUGGUAGCUGCUUUCUGUAGUUGCUGUGUUAUCCCAGUGUUCCUUUUUUUUUUUUUUUUUUUUUUGUCUUUCAUUCAUCAAAUACCUGUGUAACCAAAACCCAGUAUUAAAUUCUCUUAAAAUAA